GGCGAGAUCCCGAGGUUGUGUUGCGUGUGCCCUUUCUUAGUUUCUUUCAGUUUGCUAUCUGAAAAGCGAUUGAGACCCGCAUUUUAGGUAUGAGCAUACUAAUGUAUUCAGAAGCAAAUAAUUAUAUAAUUUUCAAUUUAUUUUUUUUAGGUAUGAGCAUACUAAUGUAUUCAGAAGCAAAUAAUUAUAUAAUUUUCAUUGGGAAAAUUAUCUUUCUCAGUUUUGGUUGCUGUGACACAUCCGCUGUGACAACAUUUAAUAACCAUAUCAACAUUCAACACACACCAACGCAAAUUACCACAGGGGGAGCACUAGUACCAUGGAGUCUUGCAGUUUAUACGUUUCUUAUCGUCGUAGCAAUAAUAGCCAAUAUAAUGCUCUUGUUUGCUAUGCAUGGAGAUCCACUGAAGUGUUUUCAGAAUCCGAACACCAAAUUCAUAGGAAACGUCAGCAUUGCUGAUCUGCUGAAUUCAUUGUUUCAUUUCAAAGAUAUUUUACUAUCGCAGACGACCUAUCAGGCCAAAUUCUGUAUGCCAGGAAUUUUGGAAAGAAUUUAUAAAGGUAUCGCUGCUUUCCUGUAUUUUUUACCUUUCCCGGCUGUGGCUGUGCUGGCAUUGGAAAGAUACGUCUCCAUUGCUUUCCCUUUAUGGCACAAAGUUUAUGUGACAUCUUGCUUGUGCUACAUAUGGAUUGCGAUAGUUUGGACGAUUAACUUUAUAUUUUCUUGGAUAACAACCGAGCUUCUUAAAAACGAAAUCGGCCUAGCAGGAGUGACAACUGUGUACACAAGCGUAUUUUUCCUGGCUACGGUCCUCAUCUAUCUCCUCGCUUUCAUCAGUAUUCGUAAACAACAUUCAUCACUCGUCAAUAAUCGAUCGAGAUCGGAAACUACCAUACGGAUGACGAAACUACGUUUAAGAAAUCAAAACCGUUUCCUCACUACAGUACUCCUCGUGAACAUUGUUCUAAUACUUGGAAUAAUGCCAACAAUAAUUGGAGUCCAUUGGCAUCUCGCAGGCACAGAAGAGAAAUUGUAUGCGAGUGAUUUGUUUCCGUACAUCGCAGAUAUUCUGUAUUUAAUAAAUACCGCAGCUAGUCCUUUUUUAUACCUAUGGAGGCUGCCUAAAUAUCGGAAAACCUUCUAUGUCAUGUACUGUUGUAAAAAAUAAAAAAGUCGUCUGGAACCUUUGGUUUACGCUGGGGCAUUCUAAGAUAUCAAGAAAUGUCGGUUGGUUUUAUUACUCACACAAGUUCUAUUUUCACAAAUUAACAAUAAUGACUAAUGUGUAUUCUGGUUAUAGAUACAUAAGUACACUUCCCAAAAGAGAUUAAACUAAUCCCUAUC